AUGUCUUCCAUUCAACCAGUUUCCCCCAAUGAUGGGUCUGAGGCUUCUCCUGCCGAUGUUCCAAUUGAUGUGCCAGUGGACCCUUCUCCACCCAACUCUCCUUCGAACAGUACUGUGUCAAACGAUGGUUCUGUGACCAACAAGAUUCGUCAUGCUGAUCCUGUUCAAUUCCAGGCAGAGACGGCAUGGGUGGCGGCCAAGAUUCAAGAACUUGGGAAGCUUGGAUACGACCUGGUCAGGCAUGGAAAUGUCAUGGUGAAGUGCGUCAACUUCCAUCGCAAAUGGAAUAAGUACCCUGCCCUUGAUGAGGUGUCCAUUGGUGAUCUGCUUGGAACCAAGCUUAUCAAGUAUGGUCAGAAUGGGAAAAGGCUCAUGUUGAAUCCUGAUAUCAACGCUUACCCAGAUGCGGAGGACUACAUCAACUUACCCAUUUUCAAGCUGUGCCUCCCUCAUCCCAACAAGCACCCAGAGCUAUUGAAAAUUGUCUGUGAAACUUUCGACUAUGACGAAGAGGCGUAUCGCGAGGUUUUCGACCGUCAUUUGGCUACCUUGAACCUGACUGUUGAUUUCGAUCCCAUUGAUGCAGCCGGUAUGGACAGGACUGUCCAGGAGCUACUUCGCAGUGGGCCCCAUUCUUCCCCUACCAGUACUCGGUCGGAGUCUGGUGGUGAUGCUACCAGAUCUGCCGGUAGCGAAGACAGUGACAGUGAGGAAAUCGAUAGCCCAUCCCCUUGCAAACCUGCAGCUAAGCGUUCUCGUACCUUGGACACCAGUUUCUUGUCUCAGGUGGCUUCCGAUUUCGAUGACCAAUCUUCUGUCAACAGCCGCGAUGUUGUUGAAGAAAUGCUACGCACUCCUAAAAAAACCAAGUUUGCUGCUUCUCCCAAUUCCAGUGAAGACAAUGUUACUUCCCCUGAUCUUUGA